UUCAGACAUGACCAACUGUGACAAGAAAAAGAAGAAAGUGGAGCCGCCGGAGGUGAUAGUGGUCGAGGAAUGGCGGAAAUGGGCCGGGUUGAACCCAGAAAUACUAGCAUUGAUAUUUAAAAAGGUUGGUCCAGUUGAAGAAAUGAUGAAAAGAGUACCACUUGUAUGUAAAGGAUGGAUGGAAGUAGUGGCCGGGCCGUACUGUUGGUCGGAAGUUGAUGUUCAGGGAUGGUGUCGCCGGAGGAGUGAUAGUAAUGCGGUGGAUAUGGUGGUGAUGAAGUUAGUACGACGGAGUAAGUGUAUGGUUCAACUUUUGUCUGUUUACCGUCUUGGUGAAUCUGGUUUCUUUUUCGUUGCUAAUUGUGGAAAAUUUCUGAAAGAGCUGCAAAUGCCAAUGAGUGUUAUCACUGAUCAAAUGUUAUCAAAGCACAUAAAGCCACUGCCAAAUCUUACAAUGUUAGAUGUCAGCUACUGCUUCAAGAUCACAGCCAAAGGCCUUGCAGCAUUUGGUAACCAAUGCAAGUCUUUGGUUCACCUGAAACGAAACAUGCCUCCACUUGAUGCUUCCUCGCCUGUUAACGAUUCUGAAGCCAAAGCCAUAGCUGACACCAUGCCAUGUCUAGAGUGGAUUGAACUUUGUUUUGGCCAGUUUGGUGACUCUGGUCUGUCUGAAAUAAUCACAAAAUGCAACUCACUUGCUAAACUUGACAUUAUAGGGAGUUGGAAUGUGCAGUUAAACGGUGAUCUACUUGAGAAGUGUGAAUAUCUCAAGGAUUUCCAAAGCCCUUGGAGCAACUAUGAUAACGAGUAUUGUGAUACUGAUGGCAGUGAUAUUGAUAUGUCAGGGUUCGGUUCAGAAUCAGGAUCAGAAUCAUAUUGAGAUAUGGAUUGCUUAGUUACAUCUUCUUUUGAACUUUUGGUUAUAUAUAAAGGAAAUGACUUAACAUAUAGGAUUCGGGAGUACACUAUCUUGAGGUGUUUGCUUUUCUCAACCCUCUGAUUUUUC